UUAAUCCAAAAUGAAAUGACGAGAAAGGCGGGGGGAAGAGAAGAAGGGGAGCCGACGAAACGGCGUUUCAGGGAGGUCUUCACCAAGUUAAACCUUUGCGAGACGCGUCGGGGGUUUAGCUAUCCUCGCCAUUCCCGCCGCCGUUCGCCGCGGCCGGCGAAAUGUCCGGCGACGGUUCUCAGCUCUCCCGCGUUUCCAGUCUGAUCGACCUCCAUCUUCGACCCUGCGCUGCAGUCGAGGUCGCUUCUGCGAGGAGAGAGGAAGAGAAGGAUCUGCUGAUCGCUCUCUCCAAGGUUUUGCGAGAAAUUCGGCUCUGGACCGGUGAAGAAACUGAUGUGUCCUCUGAUAGCGAUGUGGAGGCGAAAUCCGUUACCGGGAGCGUGGAUUCGGGUGAAUUCGCUCUCGGCUCCGAGGAACAGAUCUUUUUGGGCAAGAUUGUUGGUGAUUUGAUGCAUUUUCUAAUGGUUCAUAGUCAACAUGUUCAGCAUUUGACAGGCAAUGUCCUUUUGGCAAUUUCUGAGCUUCUGUGUGCCCAUGGAAAAGGAUGGGCCGCCUUUGUGCAUUUGUUGUUUGUUUAUGCUGAAUUGUCAAUAGGAAUCAUUCAACCAUGUUCUUCCAUUACCAGAACAAGGGUACAUGAAGAUUUUUAUGGUAUUUUAGAAAGUUAUGAUCUCGCCAUCAAAUCAAAGUUGCAAAAGGCCAACUGGUCCACUGUGGCUGGAAUUUUUCGGGUCUUGCGCUGCAUUUGGAAAUAUUUGAAGCAUGAUUUUAGGGAUCAGCUAGUUGAUUCAUACUUAAAUUCUCUGAAUUCCUUUAUUUCACAUGUAACUUGGAAUUUAUUGGAUGAUGGUAAUGUUGUUCCAAAGUGUGUUCACAUGGGUCCGCAAAUGCCGAAGUUCAUAUUUCUUGGAUAUUUAACUCAGUUACUGAGUUCAGUGGUGGAGCAAGUCGAUCAUGAAAUGGUUCAAGGUGAUUCUGUGAAUGGGCAUCAACUUCUUUUCUCCAUUACCAAACUUGUUCCCAGUUUGUUCCUAUGUUGUCUUGGCAAGGAAGAAGAACAUCAUGAUGCUCGCAUCUCUUUAUACUUCAGACAUAAGCUGUUGAUGCUGAUGACUAGGCUCAGUGGCCAGGGCCUGGAGGCCUCUAUUCUCACCCUAUGGUUGCAGCUUCUUCAAAAAUACUUUCAAGAUCUUAUGUCAGAACAAAUAAGUAUGCUUGAGCCUGUCGUAGAUGAUAGUUUAGAAGGUUCCCCCUUUUCAGCAAGCGUGUUUGAGGAAAACAUUCAAGGUACUAAUCUAUACCACUUAAAGCGGCAGGCUAUUUUCCUUUUCAUCAAGUGUUCGUUGAGAUUGAUUUUCAGUGAAGAGGUGGUUGACCAGCAAUGCGAUUGCCUAUCUGCACGACCAUGUUUAAGUUCACAUCCAGAAUAUUGCAGUCAAAAGAAAGUUUUAGGAGAGCUUUAUAAGUGGCUCGGUCAGAAUCUUCAGCACGAUACCCAUUGUGACAGUGAAACAUAUAUGGAGAAGUGCAUGCAUUUUGGCUCAUCCUUCAUUCGGCUAUAUGCCCAAGAGGAUGACCUGUUAUUUAAAGUGCUCUUGGAAGUGCUUAGCAUUCCGAUUCCUGGAUCUGAAAAGUUUGAUGAAGUAAAAGAGAGAAUCCCAGACUCACGGGAAAAUACCCUUAUUCACCUUUCAAACCUUUUUAAUCCUUUUAACUUAUUCCAUUCAUUUCUUGCAGAGAUCAAAUAUGAUCAUCAGGUGCUUCUUGAUUACCUCAUAUCUAAGGACAUGGGAAUCAGUUGUGCAGAAUAUCUUCUACGGUGCCUGCGACUGAUCUCUGAAUCAUGGGAAGCAUUUUUACAAUUUUCAUAUGUGCGGAGUCCAAAGGAAUGGCCGUCAACUAAGGAAAGAAAAAUUUCCCAACUAAAGGUAAAUUUUCGUCUGGAGCCGUAUAGCACUGGAAACUUCAGACAUGGGCAUAAACUCCAAGGAGCUGGAGGAAAGCCAUUUGACAAAGCUAAACUAUGUUUGCUGUCCUUAAAAUAUUCAGUGGAAAAUCUCCAUCAGAAAAAUUUGUUUCCUUAUAAUCCUAAAGUUCUUCUGAGACGUCUAACAGAAUUCCAGGAGCUAUGUUUUAACAAGGGAUGUAUGGGAAGGGUGGGUGAGGGGAGGUUGACAUGAGAGAUUGAAGGCAUCAUCUUUUUGAGAGUUACUUUGGAGGAUGGCAAGAAUGAGAUGCAUUUCCUGAUAGAUUCACCCACUCCAGCACUUGCAAUGGAAGGACAUAAUACCAAUAAAACACCUUUUAUGGGACUCACCACUUCAUCAUUUCCAAUAUACACUGAGGUAAUUUAAAAAUUCUGCUAUGUCUAUUCACUCAAAGGUUCAUUUGCAGGGGAUGUAACAAAUGGGCCUGUUUAAAAAAAGAAAAGAAAAGAGAAGAAGGCUUCAGAGAUCCAAGCUCAGUGCGCUACUUAAACCCUUGAAGCUACAUCCCUAGCCCAUUUAAUUGUUGUCGUAGCUGGUCUAAGAAGAAGAAAAUGAAAAGGAAGAAAGAGAGGAAGAAUUUGAAGCUUUGUUGUACUUAAUCAAAGAGGUGUUCUGUUAAUGCUGGAUUGUCCGAGUUAGUUGCGAUUCUGAGUCACUGGGUUGAAUCAGGAGGUUUUUGAGUUGUGAAAUCAUGUUGUAAAGAAACUUUAGGGUGUUGUAGAUCUCUAGAUUUUACAGAAGUCGAUUUAUGAAGUUUGUUACGCACCAUUGAAAACAGUCUUUGGCGCUAGUUUUUACUCCUCUGUCCAUUUUUGAGUCAAAGGUGAGGUCUCCUUUUCUUCACACCUCGGUAACUUUCCAAUGACUCUGCGCCCACUUGAAAUGGACGCUAUAUUUUGAACUAGCCACUUCAGACUUGGCAUGCAAGCUGUCACUCAGCAGACUUGCUCCGUUUUGAGCAAGUUUUGGAAGGUGCAUCAAAAUUGUGUUGUUACCAUUUAAGCUUAAAUUAAUCAAGUCUUAGUUAAGGUAGUUAUCUACUUGAUUUUGAUAUUAGUUUCUCACUUAAUUGAUAGGAUUUAGAGUUUUUUACUCGAGGUAGCUUCGGGGAUUGUUAGGUAAGUGGUGCUUAUCUCUUUAUGAGUUGGAAACUCAUUUCUUAAAUUAUAGGAAAUGUAUAUAUGUUAUAAGCUAUGAAAGAGGCAUCAUGGAAUGAUGUUUUAUUAAAAAGGAAGAGUGAUGUUCAGUGUAUAUAUGUAGCAUAAAGCUGAAGACAUUCAGAACCCCUUUGGUGAUGUGAAAUGACAUAGCAAAGCAUUUCUUGAAGUAGUUUGUAUGAAGCAAAUGAUUUGAGAGUCUAGGCUGAAAAUACAUGUUCUAAAUGGUUUGAGAAUAUAAAAAGUAAUCUGCUCGGUGGAGUGAAUAGUGAACAGUUAAUAUGUAUUAUUUCGUGAACCUGAUUUAUGAAAUUGAAUUGGUUAUGAUUGGAGGAUGAGUUGAUGGUUUUAUGCCUAAUGGUGCUAUUAUCUAAACCAUUGGGGGGUUGUGAGUAUGCAUACUAUUCUUAAGACAUCCUGUUUGGGCCAAGCCACUAGUUGAUAUAGGUGGACACCUUUGCCGAGUCUUUUUGACAAGGCUUUAUGAGGUCAUAGUUUGAUAUUGAGCAUCAAAUUGAUCAAUGAACCGGAUCAUUGAUGUUUGCUUUGAUGUUUGUUGAUUGAAUAUGAUAUGUGUAACUCCCGUUUGAUCUUGUACAUAUAUUAUUACUAGAUUUGGAUAAAUAUAUUUCAGGUACUAUUAGUAAAUGUGCGUAUUGUAGUGCUUUAUUUGCUCGGAAGAGACUACUUACUCGGUGUUGGUUUGUUUAUAACAUUCAUUUCAAUUCUUAUUCAGGUUCUACAAUUAUGGACGAUUGGGACGAGAGCAGUUUUAGCGGGAGACGUUUUGGUAGUUUUUGAUACUUUUUGAGAUAGUUGUACAUAUGUUUGUACAAUUACUUAGGUCGAGUUUAAUUUGAUUAGUCGCUGGAAUUGUGUAGUUUGAUAUUCAAGUUUUUUUUUUGAGUUAAUAAAAUGUAUAUGUUCUUUUUGGUGGACUUUAGAUUCCUGAUCUUUUGUAAUUAGCUUGUCGUACAUACAUUUUGAAAAUGGGUUUAUGUUGGUUA